GUGAAGGAUAGACGACUAGACGUUCUUAUUCGAGAACUCCAGUCGUCGGUGCUGGGAUUCAAUUCCGAAAUAAGCUGGUAGAUAAAUUAGCUUAAGCGAUCAAUCGAAGAAUCUAAGAAGAUGCACUUGAGCGAGAAUGAAGGGGUAGAAGGCAAAGUGUUCGUAGUCACCGGCGGUUUGGGCUUCGUGGGUUCCGCCCUCUGUCUCGACCUGGUUCGUAGAGGAGCUCGCCAAGUUCGCGCCUUUGAUCUCCGAACCAAUUCUCCCUGGUCUGAUUCUCUCAGCUCCAGAGGUGUCAAAUGCAUCCAAGGAGACAUUACCAAUCAGAAGGAUGUGGGGAAGGCCCUUCGUGGUGCAGAUUGUGUCUUCCAUUUAGCUUCCUACGGCAUGUCUGGCAAAGAAAUGCUUCAGUUUGGUCGUGUGGAUGAGGUUAACAUCAAUGGAACCUGCCAUGUCUUGGAAUCUUGCCUUGACCAAGGAGUGAAUAGGCUUGUUUAUGUCAGUACUUACAAUGUCGUUUUUGGGGGAAAAGAGAUAGUGAAUGGGAACGAGGCUUUGCCUUACUUCCCUCUUGAUGAUCAUGUUGAUACAUAUGGCCGCUCCAAGUCAAUUGCUGAGCAGUUAGUGCUGAAGUAUAAUGGUCGGUCCUUCAAGAAGAUCAAUAGUGGGCAGCUAUAUACUUGUGCUAUUCGUCCAGCAGCAAUCUAUGGACCUGGAGAAGAGAGGCACCUUCCCAGGAUAAUGUCCCUUGCUAAGUUGGGUCUCAUGCCUUUCAGAAUUGGUGAUCCGAAUGUGAAAACAGAUUGGGUGUACUGUGAUAACCUUGUCCUUGCACUUAUCCAAGCCAGCAUGGGACUUCUAGAUGACAUUCCAGGCAGAAAAGGACGCCCAGUCGCCUCUGGCCAAGCUUACUUCAUAUGUGAUGGUUCUCCGGUCAACAGUUUUGAAUUCCUUCAACCUCUUCUAAAAAGUAUAGGUUAUGACAUACCGAAGGCAUCUUUGCCUGUCUCUCAGGCUCUUACUAUAGGCAAGGUUUUGGCAGCUGUCUAUACAAUCUUGUACCCAUGGUUGAAGCAUUGGUGGCUUCCUCAACCAUUGAUCCUUCCUGCUGAAGUUUACAAGGUUGGAGUGACACACUACUUCUCGUACCUGAAGGCCAAGGAAGAACUCGGGUAUGUCCCUCUGGUGACCCCCCGGGAAGGGAUGGCUGCAACGAUUUCGUAUUGGCAAAAGAAGAAAAGGGAAAUGUUGGAUGGACCGACAAUAUAUGCAUGGCUGUAUUGUGUGAUUGGAAUGGGUAUGGUCUUGUGUGCUGCUUUUCUGCCGGAUGUCGGACCUGUGUCCCUGAUGAAAGCUAUUUGUCUCUUGUACAUGAGGUCCAUGUUCGUGAUUAGGCUGGUAGCUGUGUUAGCUAUUGCUGCACAUCUGUUCGAGGCUAUGUAUGCAUGGAAGCUGGCGAAGAAAGUAGAUCCUGCCAAUGCCAAGGGAUGGUUUUGGCAGACUUUCGCUCUCGGGUUCUUCUCAUUGCGUUUCCUACUGAAAAGAGCCCAGAACUAGUGUGGUUUUUCCUGGCAAAUGUAAUAAGAUGAAAGUGUUGGAAAAAAUUCUGCUUGUGUAAUGAUAUGAAGUUCCGUUGUGAAAGAAAUCGGUUUAAAAGGAAUGGUCCUAAAAGGAAAGACCCUGAUUCUCUACUGACGUCUCUGAACCACAGAUAUUUCCUGAUUCAACAUAUUUGUUUACUUCUUGGAUUGGAAAAUAAAGGGAAAGGAAUGGGGAAAAAUUAAGGGAGUGGACAUGAAGAUAUCAUCAUUAUCCGCUUCCUCUGCCACUCCAUCGGUGCUGAAUCUACUGCCUAGCAGUAAUCUCAGCUCAAGCUCGAAUCUUCUUCGACUUCCUCCCCUCCUUUCUUUCCACCCCAAUGUCAGCAGUAGCACAGGGAGAAAGCUAAGUCUCGUCCUCUGCUCCGGCGAGCAACCUUCAAUAUUGUGCGAGGGAGGAGAGUUGAGAGCUCGAGGUAGAAGAGAAAGUUUGGUUUUGGGCUUUAUUUCAGCUGCUGCCACUCUCACUGCAGCUUCCAAAUCCUCCCGUGCGGAGAAUGAAGACUUCCGGGUUUACACAGACGAAGUCAACAAAUUUCAGAUAUCAGUUCCACUGGACUGGGAAGUGGGCACUGGAGAGCCCAGCGGCUUCAAAUCCGUGACAGCGUUCUAUCCACAACAAGCUUCUGCUGCUGCAAGUGUCAGCGUGGUGAUCACAGGGGUGGGAGCUGAUUUUACAAGAAUCGAGUCCUUUGGAAAGGUUGAAGAGUUCGCCGAGACAUUAGUGAGUGGACUGGACAGAAGCUGGCAGAAGACUCCUGGUGUUGCAGCAAAAUUGAUUGACUGCAAAUCUUCAAAGGGGUUGUACUACAUCGAGUAUACGCUUCAAAACCCAGGCGAGAGUCGAAAGCAUUUGUAUACAGCACUUGGAAUGGCCUCCAAUGGCUGGUACAACAGACUCUACACCAUCUCAGGCCAGUUCGUUGACGAAGAAUCACAGGCUUACGGAUCCAAAAUCCAGAAGGUGGUCUCAUCCUUCAGAUUCACCUGAAGGCCACGAAUUUUGAGCUCACUCCUUGCUCCCUGCUUUCUUUUCCAGCUAUCUAUGAUUAUCAUCAUAGCACUAUGAGCUGUCUGUUGACAAUAAAUACGUCUCAUUUGUGUUAUGUUUGAUACAACUGAACUGAGUAAGUUACAGCGGCGAGCAUAGCCUUUAAUUUUGUUACAUCAUCCAGUGGAGUGAACUAUCUACUCUUCGUCUACCUAAUCAAAAUACUUAAAACAAACUCAGGGAAUUUUCUGAUACUAUGAAACAUACAUCUAACUGACAUAAUCACCCUGUGUUCUCACUCCCUCCGCUGCUUGCUGACCACUUUUCCGGAUUGCUCUUUCGUGCUUUAAGAGGUUCAACUGGUCAUAAAACAGGAU